GAUACUCGUGGCACCUCGGGAUAUCUCUCGGCUUAUGCUUAUUUAGGGCAGACCUCCUUAUAAUUAUGAUCCAUUCACACUUCACUUGCUGCUCAGUGUUGUGUUUCUUCAAAUCUGGAAAUUACAGAGUUCAACAUGAAGGUUCAUGGAGAGGAAGAGAAGGUGAUUAUGACAAGGAAGCAGAAGGCAGAGUCCAUUAAUAAGCAGGCUCACGAUAACACCCCAAAGAAGGCCAAAAUAGAAUUUGAUGAUGUCCACAACACCACCAAUGGAAAAUCCUCAUGUGCUGAAUUUGACGACUUGUCCAAGGCCAUGAGCGACCACCUCUCUGUUGAUGACAUGAGACAAAUUCUUGAGGCCAAUGGCAUUGAUUCCUCUGCUUCCUCUAACUCUGACCUUGAAAUCACUAGAAAAUGUGAAGACUUGCUUUUUUAUGGUGCCCUGGAGAAGUGUCCCGUUUGCAAUGGGAGCUUGGAGUUCGAUGGUAGGCGCUAUUGUUGUAGAGGGUUCUACAGCGAGUGGUGUAGCUGCACCUUCUCCACCAGAGACCCUCCCAGAAAGCACCAAACCACCAAGCUACCUGAUUCCCUUCACGACACUCCCGUCGCACAUUUGUUAAAGAAAUACGAAGAAGUUGCUCCUGCUGGCAGGCCUCAUAGGGAUUUAGGCUCAGCCGACAAGCCUUUCACUGGCAUGACCAUCUCUCUCAUGGGCCGUCUUUCUCGUACGCAUCAUUAUUGGAAAACGAGUAUUGAGAAGCAUGGAGGGAAGGUCGCCAACUCCAUCAUUGGGUCAACCUGUUUGGUGGCUUCGCCUGCUGAAAGAGAACGCGGUGGCACUUCCAAACUUGCAGAAGUCAUGGAGAGGGGUAUACCAGUGGUAACGGAGGCCUGGUUGAGCGACACAAUCGAGAAACAAGAACCUCAACCUUUGGACGCUUAUGAACUUGUCACUCAUCUGUCCGCAGUAGCCGGGGAUAAACACCAUCCUGGAGACCACCCCAUUGAAUCUCUAGUUUCACAGCUCAAGCUUUAUGGCAAGAGAGGGGUCUACAAAGAUACCAAAUUGCAGGAACAAGGAGGCUACAUAUUUGACAAAGAUGGAAUUUUGUACAACUGUGCCUUCUCCCUCUGCGACCAUGCCCGACAACUCAACCACUACAGUGUCAUGCAACUCAUUACGGUCCCGGAGAAUCAUUUGCAUCUAUUCUUCAAGAAAGCAAGAGCUGGAGACGAUCUUAAUGCAGAGGAGAGACUGGAAGAGUUUGAUAACGUGGAUAAUGCUCUGAGAGAGUUUACGAGGCUCUUUGAAGAGAUCACCGGUAACGAGUUUGAGCCUUGGGAAAGAGACAAGAAGUUCAGCAAAAAGCCACUCAAGUUCUACCCCAUUGACAUGGAUGAUGGAGUAGAAGUCCGGCACGGCGCACUGGGACUGCGACAGCUGGGGAUAGCAGCUACACACUGUAAACUUGAGCCUAUGGUUGCCAAUUUCGUCAAGGUUUUAUGCAGCCAGGAGAUAUACAGGUAUGCGCUGAUGGAGAUGGGUUACGACUCGCCAGACCUUCCCAUAGGAAUGGUUACACAGUUUCACUUGAAAAGAUGUGAGGAAGCAUUGUUGGAGUUCAUAGAGAAGGUUAAGUCAUCGAAGGAGAGUGGACCAAAGGCUGAGGCUGUCUGGACAGAUUUUAGCCAAAGAUGGUUCACUAUGAUGCCCUCUACUAGGCCUUUCCUUUUCAGAGAUUAUCAAGAGAUCGCAGAACAUGCUGCUGCUGCCCUGGAGGGUGUCAGGGACAUAACCGUGGCUUCUCACCUCAUAGGAGAUGUGAGUGGCUCUACCAUUGAUGACCCCUUGUCAGAGACCUACAACAAAUUAGGUUGCUCAAUCUCUCCCUUGGAGAAGGAUUCCGAUGAUUAUGAUAUGAUUGUCAAGUAUCUGGAGAGAACUUAUGAACCAGUCAAAGUUGGUGACAUGGAAUAUGGGGUUUCUGUGGAGAACAUAUUUUCUGUGGAAACGAGUGCAUGCCCACCCUAUGAAGACAUAGUGAAGCUCCCAAACAAGGUUCUUUUAUGGUGUGGAACACGAAGCUCAAAUCUUUUGAGGCACUUGCACAAGGGGUUCUUACCAGCUAUAUGUUCACUACCAGUGCCAGGAUACAUGUUUGGGAAGGCGAUUGUUUGUUCAGAUGCUGCAGCGGAGGCUGCAAGAUAUGGCUUUACAGCGGUGGACAGGCCUGAAGGGUUCUUGGUUUUGGCGAUUGCUUCUUUGGGGAAUGAGAUCACCGAGUUGAAAUCCCCGCCAGAGGACACGGCAUCUUUGGAGGAAAAGAAGGUUGGAGUGAAGGGGCUGGGGAAGAAGAAAACAGACGAGUCAGAGCACUUUGUUUGGAAGGAUGACAUCAAAGUCCCCUCGGGAAGGAUAGUUGCGUCAGAGCAUAAAGAUAGCCCUUUGGAAUACAAUGAGUAUGCUGUUUAUGAUCCUAAGCAGGUGAGAAUAUGCUACUUGGUGGGAGUCAAGUAUGAGGAGAAGGGAGCAGUGAUGGACACCGCAGAGUGAAGAGACCAGCAUUUUGU